AGCGCCAUGGCCGAGCGCCUCUCGGAGGAGCAGAUCGCGGAGUUCAAGGAGGCUUUCUCCCUCUUUGACCGGGAUGGGGACGGCUGCAUCACCACCAAGGAGCUGGGCACCGUCAUGCGCGCCCUGGGGCAGAACCCCACCGAGGCGGAGCUGCAGGGCAUGGUGGGGGAGCUGGACGCCGACGGCAGCGGCACCGUCGACUUCCCCGAGUUCCUGUCGUUGAUGGCGAGGAAGAUGCGGGACACGGACAGCGAGGAGGAGAUCCGCGAGGCCUUCCGCGUCUUCGACAAGGACGGCAACGGCUACAUCAGCGCAGCCGAGCUGCGGCACGUCAUGACCAACCUGGGCGAGAAGCUGACGGACGAGGAGGUGGAUGAGAUGAUCAAGGAGGCCGACUGCAACAACGACGGCCAGGUCAAUUACGAGGAGUUCGUGAGGAUGAUGACGGAGAAGUGACCACCCCGCCCCACCGCCGCCAUCCACUCCCGACACCGUCCCGCAGGGAUCAGCAAUCUGGGUGGUCCCCCAGCCUCUCCAUCCUCUACUGCCUUCCCUCCACCAUCCCAGGAUGGAAAAUCCUCUUUAAUCCCAGCCAAAGUGUCAUCAGACAGCAUCUACAUCAGCUGUGGGCAUCUCACCUGGCAGGAUGGGGUUUUGGGGUUGCAGACAAACAUGGGGUGUCCCACCACAAGACGAAUCU